AUGAAAGUGACGCCAAUUAUCUUCACUGUAUUUUGUAUUGUAGGUGCUACGACAUUGAUCAAAGCUACAACGUUAGAGCAUGUACCUCACCCGAGUGAAAAAGACAUGGAAUUAGUGUAUAUUGAUGAAGAAUAUCAAAAAGAAGGUGGACUGAGAUCAAUAUGCAACGAACUAAAAAAAUCCUUCCAAAAAGGGCGACACCACAUAUAUAAAGUUAUUGAUAAAUAUAUAAGGAAGGAUGAUUUAGGCUUAAAAAUGUUAGAAGUUGCCAAAAUCCUUGGAAAACGCAUUGAAAAACGUAUGAAAUACAUAUCGAUGAAACUGGAUGAGAUGAUGGCCUAUGAAUCAUCUUAG